AAUAUGAGCUCCACCAUUAUUCAUCUCUCUCUAUCUCUCUGUGUGUGUAUAUAUAUGAGUGCGUGUCUCAUGUAAUGUAUAUCACAGUUCCAUCAGCCAUCAGUCACCGCACUCAAAACGGAUAUUGAGCAGGCAGGUAGCCAGCCAUCGAGGCACACCAUAUAACACGAACUUUGUUAGUUUAUUAGUUUAUGGUUUUGGUCUGUUUCCUCCUCAUCGGUCUCUCCAAGGAGCUUUCUUUGCACAGAAAAGCUCACCAACCCUACUUUUACAGCUCGUGUACUUUUCUAAUGUUUUUAGUGUUCAUGUAACCUCCAUCUACUCUUUUAGUUCAGUUCAUACUAGCCAGAUCCCAAGUUUGCCCUUAGCAACAUCGUUAGCAUAUAUCUUCAUGCAUAAAGGUCCAUCAGGAAGUCGAUCAUUUCCUUCAUUACAAUGUCCACUAAUCAUGCAUGUAUAAGACUAGCUGUAUGGUCUGAGUGAGUGGACAAGUACUGGACUGGACUGGACUGUCACUGCCUCCAACUUUUAUGCUCUCUAUAUAUAGGUAGUAGUAGUAAUACCACCACUACUUCUAUUCUAAGUUUAACUCCACACGAAUAUCACGUUCACUAUCUACUGCUGCUACUCUACUUUACUGCUGCUAUUUGCAUAGAUGCUUCCCUUGCCUUUUGGGACUUUUUCAGUCACGUUGAACUCGUUGGUAGUGGUACUAGUUGCUAAAAAGAACGCUUGCACUUGACUCCAAGUCUCAAGAACCAUCCGCCUCCCUACCCCUCCACCACCACCGCCACUAUACCCACAACUUUUGGUAAAUUUAUACAAGCACUACUACGCAGAAGAAGCUCUCACUGAGUAGUAGCUUGUACACCAACUAGGUAGCAGCAAGCAUGAACUGCUUACAGAGUUGGCCGGAACCAAUUGUGAGGGUCCAAUCACUGUCGGACAGUGGCAUUCGGGCAAUCCCCAAACGCUACGUGAAAGGUCCAUCCGAUAGGCCUUCCCGGCUUAUAGAAUCCUCUGCAGGCAGCGAUGUGCAAAUUCCCGUGAUUGACCUCCACAGUCUUUUUUCUGGCCUGCCGCAGGAUGACUCGCUGCGCCAAGAAACCUUGGACAGCAUAGCCACUGCGUGUCGCGAGUGGGGCUUCUUCCAGGUGGUUAACCAUGGGGUUAGCCAUGAGCUCAUGGCCCGCACUCGGGAGGUGUGGCGCGAAUUCUUUCACCUUCCCUUGGAGGAGAAGCAGCAAUAUGCUAAUUCCCCGAGCACCUAUGAAGGUUACGGCAGCCGGCUCGGGGUGGAGAAAGGAGCAAAGUUGGAUUGGAGUGACUACUUCUUUCUUCAUUACCUUCCUACUUCCCUGAGGGACCAAAACAAGUGGCCUAAGCUUCCAUCUUCAUGCAGGGAAUUGGUAGGCAAGUAUAACGAGGAACUGGUUAAACUCUGUGGGAAGUUGACGAAGAUUUUAUCAUUGAAUCUUGGACUAAAAGAGGAGUACCUUCAGCAAGCUUUCGGAGGUGAGGAAGUGGGCGCAUGCUUGAGGAUAAAUUUUUACCCGAAAUGUCCACAACCGGACCUCACACUGGGCCUCUCAUCACAUUCUGAUCCUGGUGGCAUGACCCUUCUCCUCCCUGACGAAAAUGUCGCCGGCCUCCAAGUCCGCCGUGCCCGUAAUUGGAUAACGGUCAAACCGGUUCCUAAUGCCUUCAUUGUCAACAUUGGAGAUCAAAUUCAGGUCCUGAGCAACGCGAGGUACAGAAGCGUGGAGCACCGAGUAAUCGUGAAUUCGGUCAAAGAGCGAGUGUCGCUGGCAUUUUUCUACAAUCCAAGGGGUGACUUGCUUAUCCAACCUGCGCCGGAGCUGGUCGCGGAGGACUCCCCUGCCCUAUAUUCGCCCAUGACCUACAAUGAAUACAGAGUUUUCAUCAGAACAAGGGGCCCUUGUGGCAAGUCCCAAGUUGAAUCCCUCAAAUCCCCCAAGUAGAUGAAUGAUCCAUUGUAUCUUGUAUUGUAUUCAUCUAAGCGCUUGAUUAUAGUUAAUCAAUCUCCUUAUUUUCCCAGUUUCACAUUGCUAGUG